AUGAGCGACACGAGGCGCAUUAAUGCGUCGUUUGGUUUUUCGAGGAGUACCGUUGCGAACCCCUUCCCUAUAAAUAGAGAUGACCCCGGAGGCGAAAUCACUUUGAAUUUGGUGAGAAGCGAGAGCUCUGUUGAGGCGAUUUCCGACGAGAGUUUCCGGUAUUCAAGGCGAUUUCCGACAAGUGCUAACGGUAACCAGGCGAUUUUCGGCAUUGCAAACGGUAGGAAGGGCGAUCUGAAGCGCAGUUCGCAUUUACUUUUCAGAGUGAAAACUAAGGUACCGUUCGGCACCUCCACUUUACUCUCUUGCAUGCCUUAA